GCUGGGCUCGUUAGAAAACAGCUCAUGUAGGUGAUGGGUGGCAGGUGCGAUAUUAAUCCUGGGCCCAACUGGCAACGCAGGUGACUUAACGCCCCAGAGCGGUGCUUCUUCCUACCCUCGUCAGUCAUUCAUCCCCUUCCAGUUCGUGGCUGUGUGGAGCGGCGUUUCGCCAUGGAUGGCCUCGAGUUCUUCUUUGAGGAAGCAGAAUCAGGAUUGGUACCCAGGGCUGAUGCGGGUGAUUCGUUGGGUGGAGGAAUCGAUGUUGUGGAGUCUGUGGUUGCUUCCAUCCAUGAAGGGCGCGGGCGCUCCUCUGAUGUGAUUUCUUCCGAGCCGAUGGAUGACAGCAAUGCCAAAGAGCAGUUGAGAGUGGUGGGGGCGAAUCUCGGGUCAUACAACAACGGUGGGAGUGAGAUCGUUGGCGACUCGAACGAUGUGAAGGCUCGGAACACUUCCUCUGCAUCAAUAGGAGAGGAGGGAGAUGCAGAAGGCGUCGUUGUCAACAAAACAAAGGCUUCCUGUUGGACUCGACGGUAAGAAACACACACUCAUAUGUUAUUGAUUUGCUGCUGGAACAGAAAUUGUACCUCCAGGACAUCGUUUUUUGCUGUAGGGCCAGAAAUUUGGAACUCCAUCGAAUUGCCUGUAGCAAGAGAAAAAACAUAUACAGAGUUCACCGCCGUGUAGACACAAAAAUCAUUUUAUUUUCAACUCGUUUUGAACAUUUUUGCUA